CUCUUCUUCUUUCCUUUAAUUCUCCCGGCAACUCCUCCGCCUAAUUCCCCGCCUCCCCGGUUCCCGUUAACCAUUCCUCUUCCUCCGACAAACCCCUCGUGCUUUCCAUCGGUGACAGCCCCGCCCCCGAGCUAACUUCGUGCUUCCAAAUAUCACCUACGCGCUCGCGGCGAGCUUUUCCUUUUAAACACCCCGAAACAAAGCCGGCUUCCACGGACACGCCCCUCCUCGGCCGCCUCCACCUUCCCCGGCCGGAGCUAAACCCUAAUGCCGCUGCCGCCGGACGCCUGAGUGCACCGGAGAUGGGUGGCGUGACGUCCUCGGUGGCCGCCAAGUUCGCAUUCUUCCCGCCCGACCCGCCGUCUUACAGCGUGGUGGACGAGGAGGAGCCGUCGGGUGCCGCUCCGGCGGCGACGGUCACCGCGGUGGCGCAGAGCGAUGCGGCCAAGAUUUCUUCUAGGGUGGCGAUGACGGGGGUCCCGUGGAGGGAGGGGGUGGAGGCGCGCCGGGUCCGGACGCGGCGGGGCUCGGAGAUCAUCGCCAUGUACGUGCGGUGCCCCAAAGCGAACCUCACCGUGCUCUACUCCCACGGCAACGCCGCCGACCUCGGGAAGAUGUACGAGCUCUUCAUCGAGUUCAGCGCCCGCCUCCACGUCAACGUCAUGGGGUACGAUUAUUCUGGUUAUGGACGGUCAUCAGGCAAGGCAAGUGAAGCUAAUACCUUUGCUGACAUUGAGGCAGCAUACAAAUGCCUUGUGGAGGUAUAUGGGACUAGGGGAGAAGACAUUGUUCUUUAUGGUCAGUCUGUUGGUAGUGGUCCCACUGUCGAUUUAGCUGCUCAUUUGCAUCAUAUAAGAGCAGUUGUUCUGCAUAGCCCCAUACUGUCUGGCCUGCGUGUCAUGUACUCUUCUGUGAAGAAAACAUACUGGUUUGACAUAUAUAAGAACAUUGAGAAAAUCCCCCGUGUCAAAUGCCCGGUUUUGGUAAUUCAUGGCACAAAUGAUGAUGUCGUCGAUUGUUCCCAUGGAAAGCGCCUAUGGGAGCUUAGCCAACAGAAGUAUGAACCUCUGUGGAUUGAGGGCGGUGAUCACUGUAACUUGGAGACCUUCCCAGUGUACAUAAGGCAUCUGAAGAAGUUUAUGUCGGCUAUAGAAAAGUUGCCUAUAGGAAAAGAAGCACCAGCUAACACUGAGAAGUUGCCAGCUGAAAACGAAACACCUUCCGAUAGAGCUCUUUCUGAGGCUCCUUGGACGACGUCGCAAAGGUUAGAGCCAUCGAGGAAGAGCUCCAGGCAUGAACAGCCUCCUGGUCCGAGCACUGAACAUGUAGAUAAACACCGGCGAAGCACAGGCGUCAGAGAAAAAUCAAGAUCCAGCACAGACAGGAGAGAGAGAUCAAGGAGAAGAAGUGUCGACACAUUUGAGAGGGCGACGAUAGAUGAAAACGAGCAGACAGACAAACCAAGGAAAAGCAUUGACAGGCUUGGCGAGAUGAUUAGAUCCAUGGGGCUGUGCAAUGUCGAUUGCUUCAAAGACCCUCCUCGAAAGACCGAGCCUUCCAUAGGUCAGUCCUAGAUGUAGUUGUAGUAACUUUUGUUUUUUCCUUCCUGCGUCGGAUAUCAGUUAACAGUGGUUUGUCUGCUCUUGGUGACGGGGAUCGUAAAAAAAUCAUGAACAGCAACAGGAAAUAUAGUGCAGCUCCUCAAUUUGAGCUUUAUUCUGUCUUGUAUAUACUAGUACCUCUGUUUUUUAGUUUUUAAACGAAGAAUGGCACUUUUUCCUGCUUUCUUCCGGCUUGCAAGUAUCAGGUGAGCAUAGGUGCAACUCUCGAAUGGAAACAGUGAUUUUCUUGACAGACAGAAAUGUGUCAAAUCGACUGCUAGAAUGUUUCUCUUCAUUAUAGCAGACCGUCCAGAUCCUGUCUUGGAUGGCAUCCAUGUAUGCGCACUGGUCAAUCAUGUGCUUCUUUGCAAAGGGCAGCAUAAUUAACAGUGUCCUCUGUGAUAUUGAUCCAAGAUCAUUUCAGGCAUGCAAUCAUGGGAAGAUAUCAUUUGUGUUUGCCUGUUUGUGCCUAUAGAGACAGGCCUGCGCGU